ACAAAUAUAGCAAAAGAGAUUCAUACAGACCACCAGCACAAAAGAAACCCUAAUUUUUUCGUACUACCGCCGUUAACUAUUCAAAGCUCUCACCGUUCUCUCCCAGCCGCCCCCUUUCUCUUUUCCGGCUGCUUCCCUAAGCUGACCUUUCUGCUCCGGCGACCACAGCUCCGGCACCGUCAGAUAAGUGGAGGACUAGUUGUGUUAAUCAACAAAAUGCCUAGAAAACCUGCAAGGUGUCAACGACGAUUAUUGAUACGGAAACCUGUUACAUUCUCCCCGUUUUCUCGCAUGAUUUCACAAGUUACUUCUGGCUUCAAGAUCAGACACCAGAAUAACCAGUCCUUGAAUCAUGGAAGAGUUUCUUCCCCUCAUUCUACAGGCAAUGAGUUAGAGAAUAAUGAUUCAGAAGACAAUAUUGGUCAAUCUGAAUCAUCAGAUGAAGAGUUUGAUGGAGUUAUUCAAGCAGAUUUUGUCUUCUUUGAUCCAAAACCUGAUGAUUUCCAUGGAGUGAAGAUCUUGUUACAGCCAUACCUUGAUGUUAAACAGUGGGAUCUUAGUGGCUUUGUGGACUUGAUAAUAGCACAGACAACUGUCGGGACUGUUAUUAAAAUAGAGAAUGAUGAGGAUAAUGCACUUUACUCUGUUAUUACAGCUCUUAAUCUGGGAAGAUACAAGGGUAAUAGAUGUUUUACGGAAAUUAGAGAAUUCCUACUUAAAGUAUGCCAGGAUAAGGAUUCUCGUCAGAGCUUACUACUUCUACUUGAGCAAGAAGCAAACGUGGGGCUUUUGGUUUCUCAGCGAGUUGUUAACCUCCAGCCUCAGCUUCUUCCACAUAUGUAUGAUUCUUUAUUUGAUGAAAUCUCAUGGGCUACUGAAGAUGAGCCAACUGAGGAACUACGCAAGGCAUUCUGCUUUAGAUAUUAUCUGAUUAUCACUAAAAUCUACGAGCAUAAGAAUGUCAAUCAGAAGAAUGGAGCUGACAAAAAAGGUGAAGAAUCUAUUAUAUAUGUUAAACCAGAAGACGAGAUUUUUCACGAGCUUGCCUCUUGGUCCUUCACGUUUUCUAUGAAUACUCAACAAUUGACAACACGAGAGCUAAGAGAUUAUCGGAUAAAGGGUUUAGUCAUGGCAGUAGAAGCAGAGAAAGUUCCUGAGUUCCGCCAGCAGUUGCAUUCCUUAAUAGAAGAAUAGUUUCAUCUCGCAAAGUAAGUUUAAUGACUUUAAUCCGGCCUUCCAAUUUUGAUUUUCUUUCCUUUGAUGCAAUCUCCGGGCUUUAAGAGUUUAUUGAUUUUCAAAUACAGGUUCAUAUAUCUUGAAUCUGAAUAUUGUAAUAUAUACACAUUUAGGGUAAACUAAAUUUGAGCUCUUAAUCAAUAUUGCAACAUGAUUAAUUAUUAUGAUGUUUUAGACUU